GAGAUGACAAUAUUUUUGGGUGGAAUUUGCGAGAGUUUUUUGGCCCAAGCGCUCGUCCUAAAGUGCUAAUUUACGUGAAUUUUGCAUGUUUAAUCACAGUAAAUUACACGAGACUGUAUUUUGUUCGCACUGAGACGUCGAGAGAGUGUGAAAAGUGAGCAAAAAGUGGAUUAUUUGGGUGGAAAAGUGAGAUGUUUUGAGUGGCUUGGCGCCAAAUGUCAGAUGCUGAGGAUUCUUCAGCGUCUUUCCCCCGCUAGUGCCGAAAUCCGAGAAAUCACAUAGACACGAGACAAAAGCUCUUCCGACGGAGUUGGAGAGAGCAGAAAAUCCGACGACAAGGACACCCCUGAGGACCCGAGUGGGUUGCAUGUUGGCCCCCUUGGCGGGGUGGAAAGCAUCCCGUGACGCGGGAAGAAUCUGAGUGACAAGACCACCCGGGAAGCUUUACCAUGUUCUAUGCACAUAUUGUGUUGGCCAAGAAGGGGCCGCUGGCCAGAAUCUGGCUCGCGGCACACUGGGACAAGAAGCUGACCAAGGCCCAUGUGUUUGAGACCAACAUCGAGCAGUCCGUGGACGGCAUAAUGCAGCCCAAAGUGAAGCUGGCCCUCCGGACGUCAGGCCACCUGCUGCUGGGCGUCGUGAGGAUAUACUCGCGCAAGGCCAAGUACCUCCUGGCGGACUGCAAUGAGGCCUUCGCGAAGAUCAAAGUGGCCUUCCGGCCGGGCAUCGUGGAUCUGCCGGAGGAGCACCGGGAGGCCGCCGUGAAUGCCAUCACGCUGCCAGAGGUCUUCCACGACUUCGACACAGCCCUGCCGGAGUUGAAUGACGUGGACAUUGAGGCGCAAUUCUCCAUCAACCAAUCUCGCGCGGAUGAGAUCACAAUGCGCGAGGAUUACGGCACUCUGCCGAUGUCCAUCCACGAUGAUGGCUUCGGAGACAUGGGAUUCGACGCGGACACACCCGAUCUGGCGCGUGACGGCAUGGAUCCCAACAUGGAUGAGAAUCUCUUCGGGGAGGAUCUGGGCGCCAGCAGCAUAGACCACACGAAAGAGCCCGUGCCGGGCACAUCGCGCUCGAUGAUGGAGAAUCUGGCCCAGGGCGCGAUGGACGAUGGGUUUGGGCAGGAGUUUGGCCAGCCCGCGGCGGGACUGUUCGAGGGUGACAUCUUCACGGACGCCCCGAUGGCGUCAGCGAGUCUGCCGCCGGUCACGCAACACUCAGUCUCGGAUUCCGACGAUGACAUGGACCACUUCGACGGCGGCGCUCCGUCGCUGGGCGACUCCACGGAGUUCCAGCCGCCCAGCGUGAUGCCUGGCGCGGCUCCGGGCGAGUUGGCUGGCAGCAGUCCGGUACAUCGCUCCGGUUCCGCCAUGCAGGCUCUGUCACCGGGCAGAAUGGUGCUCGAGGGAGAGCAUCAGCUGGCUCUGGGCCCGGACGGGCUGCCCACUGAUCCGGAGGGAGGGCACGAGCAGGGAGGCAAUCUCACGAAUGAGGAGGAGAGCUUCGCAUUGGCGCCCAUCGAUGCCACGGCGCUCAAGGGUGUCACGAAGCACAAGCGAAAGCGGAAGCUUAUCGUGGACGAGGUGAAAAACAUCUCGGGCGAGGAGAUGAAGAACCAAUUGGCCAACACAAGUGACAUCGUCACGACGCUGGACUUGGCGCCACCCACGAAACGCCUGAUGUUCUGGAAGGAGACGGGCGGCGUUGAGAAGCUCUUCGCGCUCCCGUCGCGAGACAUCCGUGCCAUGAGUCUGUCCAAGAACUACCAGCGCAACCUCGCGUCGCGAGCCAUUGAGCUGGAGGACUUCUCCGUGCUGGGCCCAGUGGAGGUGUUGGCGCCAGAGCAGCCACGCCACGAGGAGCCCGAGCCGCCGGUGACAAAGCGAGGGCGGAAGAGGAAGCAAGUGCCGGAGGUGGAACCGCCCACGCCCGCACUGCCGGAUCCGGAUAUGAGCUUCGAUCAGGCGCGCGUGGGUGACUGCGAUCCCUCGCUGAUGCCACCGCCGCCCACGUCCGGCAUGCAUCACCUGGCGAGCCCCAACAGCGGCGCUUUGGGGCCUCUGACGCCAGGACUGCCCAUGACGUCCGGCAUGAUGCUCACGCCGGGAAUAUCAAUGACUCCGGCGGGACUUCACGGGGACCUGGGCGAACUGGACCACGGAGUAAUCACACCGCACCACGCCAUCGAGAAUAUGGAAUCGAUUCCGAAUCUGGCUGCCGACCAGGUGUCGUCGAUCCUCAACGGCACCGCCAUGGAGAAUAUGGGCUUCACCAACAUGGGCUACGAGGGACACGGCAGCCCGCGGACGGGGAUGUCCGAGAGGGUGCCGAACGACUGGAACGAGGACUAUGACUUCCCGCCCUCCGUUGGCCAUCUCGGCGAAGAACAGCUGGAGAACGAAACUGACGAACAAUUCGAGGAGAGAGUACUGAAUAAGCGCGCUGCCCAAAUGUUUGUUGCCGUGAAGAGGAAACUCUUGAAGUCGGAGAGCAUACAACUAUCCGAGAUGACCUACCGCAACUCUAAGAAACAGGCCUCUCAGAAGUUCUACUCUCUGUUGGUGCUGAAGAAGUUUGAAGCACUCGAAAUCAAGCAGGAUGAGCCUUUUGGUGACAUUUUGGUAACUAAAGGUGUUAUGUUUGAUAACCCUAAAUUAGAGUUGGGCAUCCUGGGUAAGCUCCAGUACAUUUGGAACAAUAUGACUGUGGAGCCUCUCCUGGCGCUGUACAUAAUGCCCAGCAUCCUUUCGGCUCUGGCCACGCAGAAUCUCAACUUGGAGAAGGCGUGCCGCGUGAAUCUGGCCUACGGAGACGAGAUUUGCGACGCUCUGUCGCGUCGAGACACCGCCAAUUAUACUCAAGAGGAGCAGGUGGUGCAGCAAAUCGUAGCGAAGAUGGCUGGGUGGAAAACCAUCCUCCAAAGCGCACUGCCGUGUCUCCUCAUCCUCUUCUGGGGCUCCUGGAGCGAUCGCCACGGACGCCGGAAGCCCUGCAUGCUGAUCCCCAUCGUGGGAGAGCUCCUGUCCGCGCUGGGCCUCAUCCUCUGCACCUACUUCGAGUGGCUGCCCAUGGAGGCUAGUGGAAUCACUGAGGCCCUCUUCCCUGGCCUCACCGGCGGCUGGUUCACGCAGAUGAUGGGCGUCUUCAGCUACAUCGCCGACAUCACGGACGAGGAGAACAGAACGCUGCGAGUCGGCAUUGUGCAUCUCUGCGUGAGUCUGGGCUUUCCUCUGGGAAUGGCUCUAAGCGGAAUAUUACUUAAGGUAGUAGGAUUUUACGGGAUAUUCUCCAUCUCGUCCGCAAUGUACUCAAUCGGCCUCCUCUACGGCAUUUUUUGCGUGAAAGAGCCCAAAAAGGACAUCAAACCACCCAAGAAUGCCGGCAAGAAUGCUCUAAUGGACUUUUUCGACAAGGCGCACGUGAAGGAAACUUUCACGGUCGCCUUCAGCGGUCGCAAUCGGAUCCGAGUUCUCAUGCUGAUCGUCGUUGUGAUGGUCGUCAUUGGGCCAAUGCACGGCGAAAUGUCAGUCUUCUACCUGUUCACAAGAUACCGCUUCAAUUGGAGUGAGGUCGAGUUCAGCUUCUUCUCCACCUACAGCAUGAUAACACACUUUAUCGGCACCUCAUUCAGCGUGGGAGUCUUCUCGCGCCUCCUCAUGCUCGAUGAUGCGCUAAUUGGGGUAAUUUCUUGCAUGUCGAAGAUACUCUCGUCCUUUAUGUAUGCAUUCGCCGUGACGGAGUGGCAACUGUAUUUGGCGCCCAUCAUUGAGUUCCUCAACGGCACCAGCUUCAUUGCAAUGCGAUCAAUUGCAUCGAAACUCGUGUCCACCAGUGAAUUGGGAAAGCUCAACUCUCUGAUAGGAGUUGCUGAAGCUCUCAUGCCUUUAGUUUAUGCGCCAAUGUAUACCAAUGUUUAUGCGGCUACAAUGAAGAGCUUUCCAGGAGCUUUCUUCGUCCUCGGAGGCGUUUUGACUCUUCCCGCCGUCUUCAUAUUCUGCUUUAUGUACAAAUUGCACAAGAAUGAUAAAAUCCAGAGUGCGAACGAGAAACCAGAAAAUGGACAAACUUCCAUUGCCGACAAUGCCAAUGGCAAGACCUAUCUUUCCUACGAUAAUCCGGGAUUUAUGAAAGAGAAAUCAAUUGACAUUGUGCGUGUUGAGCACUUGGAGCAAUCGAGACUAUUCUGGGGAGGAAUACUCGGAGUUGUGGCGCUCUUGGCUUCACUCCAGCCUCUUCGCUGCCACCCGAGAGUGUCAGGAACUUCCGCGCGCGAAUCACUCCGAAUGAUUCCUGAAACAGAGAUGAUUGACAUCCUCAACACCUACAACACUGAGGCCAUUGGAUACUGCAAUGCUCAGUCUCUCGCGAAUUGGGAUGUGCAAACCAACGUCGGAGAUCAAUCCUACGUACAGAUUCAGGUUGAGAGGUCGCUGGCCUAUGCAAACUUCCGGAAGGAACGCUACGAACAAUACUUCAGGGAUGCCAUUAUCGAUGAUUACAUUGACGAAGAUGUUCGACGUCAAUUGCGGUUCCUUAAAGAUUUAGGAUCAUCUGCACUUUCAGAUGAGGAUUUGGAGAAGUUUACGACAACCAGAAAUGCCAUGACAUCUAUCUACAAUUCCGCGAGAAUAUGCCCGUACACUCAGCAGGAUUGCGAGAGCAUUCCCAACUUCGACCAGUAUCUCACUCUGGAUCCAGAGAUUGAACUGCGAAUGGCCGAGUCGCGAGAUUACGAUGAGUUGCAGUACAUCUGGACAGAGUGGCGAGAAAAGACUGGGAAGUUGAUGCGAGAGGACUACAAGGAGUACGUGAGCCUGAUAAACCAAGUGGCGGUGGCUAAUGGCUUUCCCGAGGCCGGAGAAAUGUGGCGAGCUCGCUAUGAAGAGGAAGACUUUGAGAAAAUCGCCGAGGAUUUGUGGGAACAAGUUAAGCCGCUCUACAACGAACUCCACACCUACGUCAAGCUCAAGUUGGAACAGAUUUACCCGGGUAGAUGGGACACUCGACAAGAUACAAUUCCCGCUCAUAUCCUCGGAAAUAUGUGGGCGCAAUCCUGGUCGCAUUUGUAUGAGGAUUUGAAGCCCUUCAAGAAUGCUUCUCUUGUAGAUGUCACGGGAAAAAUGGUGGAACUCAACUACGAUAUCUUGAGGAUGUUCGAAGACUCAAACAACUACUACUUAAGUCUGGGAUUGGGAGACAACAGGAUGAGUUACACUGGCCAGUCUAUUGUCGAGAAGCCCGAAGAUAGGAUAAUCGCUUGCCAUGCCUCCGCCUGGGAUUUCUGUGACGGAGAGGAUUUUCGUAUCAAGAUGUGUACGAAAAUCAACAUGAAGGACUACAACACCGUCCACCAUGAAAUGGGCCACAUCAACUACUACCUCCACUACAGGCAGCUUCCGCUUUUGCUCAGAGGCGGAGCCAAUCCGGGCUUCCACGAGGCUGUCGGAGAUGCCAUUUCCCUUGCAGUAGAGACUCCCCAACAUCUCCUACGCGUCAAUCUGCUUGACGAAUACGGUGACACGGAGGAGGAUAACAUAAACGCCCUGUUCAAUAUGGCUCUGGAGAGAGUCGCCUUCCUUCCGUUCGGAUACUUGAUCGACAAGUGGCGGUGGGAUGUUUUCCGCGAAGCCGUCACAGAGAGCGAGUGGAAUAGUCACUGGUGGGCUCUACGCCGGCAGUACCAGAAGAUCUCCGAACCUGUUCCGCGGUCGGAAGAAUACUUCGAUCCCGGCGCCAAAUAUCACAUUCCUGCUGACUCUCAGUACAUGUCCUACUUCACGGCGCGCAUCCUUCAGUUCCAGUUCUACAAAGCCAUGUGCAUCGCUGCCGGUCAGUACGAUCCCGCGAACCCACAAGCGCUGCCCCUGCACAAGUGCAAUUUCUACGAAUCCGUGCCGGCGGGAGAUAAGCUGAAGGCUGGUCUGCAACUAGGCACCAGCAAGCACUGGUCGGAAGCUCUAGAGGCUAUCACAGGAUCCAGAGCAAUGGACGCUAGCGCUUUGCUUGAGUACUUCCAACCACUCUAUGACUUCCUUAAGGUUGAAAAUGAUAACCUACGCAAUGAAGCCAUGCGGGAAACUCUUGAUCAGUACAACGUUGAAGCAGCAGAAGAAGCUGGGAAAAUGGUUCACGCCAGUUGGGACGUAUCAACGAAUGUAGGCAACACAGAAAUUCAGGAUCAGUACAAUGAAGCCGUUCUUGAAUACGCCAGAUUUAAUAGGGACAAAUUCGAUACCAUCUUCAGUGGCCUCAAUCCGGAUGAUUACUCAGAUGAAAACGUUCGUCGUCAACUACUGUAUUUAACCAAGCUCGGUACCAGCAUUCUUUCAGAGAGCGAUCUCAGCACACUUACUGCCGCCAAACUGCGAAUGGAAAGCACUUACUCCGAUGCGAAGAUUUGUCCCUUCACCAACAGGGAUUGCAAUGUCAACACAGAUCCUUAUCUCACACUUGACCCAGAAAUAAGUGAAGUCAUGGCAACCUCCACGGAUGCCGAUGAACUGGAAUAUGUGUGGAAAGAAUGGCGCGAAAAGAGCGGCAAGCUUAUGAGAACUGACUACCGAACCUACAUUGAUCUGUCCAAUAAGGCAGCGGUGGAGAAUGGUUUUAGCGAUUACGGUGACAUGUGGCGCUUCGAUUAUGAAGAUCCCAACUUUGAGCAGAACAUGGAGGAUCUUUGGACUCAAGUGGAGCCUCUCUACAACACUCUCCACACCUACGUUCGCCACAAACUCAUCGACAUCUACGGAAGCGAUAAAGUGAAGCUGGACGAAGAUUUGAUUCCCGCCCAUCUUCUUGGAAACAUGUGGGCUCAAUCUUGGGACAAUUUGUACGACAGGACCAAGCCGUUCGAAGCGAGUGUGGUCGACGUUACUCAAAGCUUAGUGAAUGCAGGAUAUAACGCUCUCAGGAUGUUCCAAGUAUCCGAUGAAUUCUUCAUGUCUCUCGGGCUGCCAUCGAACGAAAUGAGUUACUCUGAACGGGCAAUCAUAGAAAAACCGACUGAUCGAGUCAUUACUUGUCAUGCUUCCGCCUGGGAUUUCAUGGAUGGCGAAGAUUUCCGUGUGAAAAUGUGCACCAACAUCAACAUGGGUGACUUCAUCACUGUCCACCAUGAAAUGGGUCACAUUUCCUACUUUAUUCUCUACAAGGAUCAACCAGCUGUGUUCCGCGGGGGAGCUAAUCCUGGUUUCCAUGAAGCCGUCGGCGAUCUCAUCGCCUUGUCAGUGUCCACACCCACACAUUUGCAGAAAAUUGGGCUCCUCCAGGAUUACGCUGACACGCAAGAGGACAACAUUAACGCUCUGUUCCAAAUGGCUCUGGAGCGAGUGGCUUUCCUGCCCUUCGGCCUAUUAAUUGACAAGUGGCGCUGGAACGUGUUUAGCGGCCAAAUCCCAGAAUCGAGCUGGAACACCGAAUGGUGGAACAUGAGGAAACGCUACCAGAAAGUUGAGCCGCCCAACGGAGAAACGCGUGGAGAAGAGUUCUUCGACGCUGGAGCUAAAUACCACGUUCCAGCCGACAGCAAAUACAUGUCCUAUUUCGUGGCUCACAUCCUCGAGUUCCAGCUCCAUCGUGCCAUGUGCAUCACUGCUGGCCAGUACAAUCCCAGCAAUCCCACACAGAAUCCGCUCCACAAGUGCGAUAUCCACAACUCCCUCGAAGUGGGAGAGAAGUUGAGAGCUGGCCUCUCGCUAGGGCUCAGCAAGCACUGGUCCGAGGCUCUCUUUGCGAUGACUGGCGAGAGAGAACUGAGCGCGGAUGCCCUGCUGGAAUACUUCAGCCCACUUGUUGACUACCUCCAAGAGGAGAAUGAGAAAUGGGAGCCCAAGGAGGAAACCAGCAACAGGAUUCCCGUAAUUGUGGGAUCAGUGAUCGGCGCUCUUCUCGCCGUGUGCAUUAUAGGAUAUGGCAUUUACCUGUACAGGAAGAAGAGGUUGGCGAAGAAGAACGUUGGCCAAAUAACGCCCGAUGAGAAGUAAUGAGAUGCAGUACUAAAAUUUAUAUGCUUUGCUGAAACCAAAUAA